UCGACCGUGUCUUGAUAGCUGUCAAAAAGUAUCAUCAUAAUAAUUGUUAUCAUCGUUCGGUCCGGUUUGCACUGUACAACAACGAUUUGAUCACAGCAAUUAAAAAAAAAAAUAUAAUGAUAGUAGUAGGAUACAGUAUAGUAUCGAUUUUCGUCAGGUCUCGUUUGGCGUCGACCGUGUAAACGUGGUUUUUUAUAAUAAUUUUACCAUUCAGACAAGCGACAGUUGCGACCCCGCCAGUGGCCGCACGGCAUUUCAACGGUCGUCUCGUGCUCGCUACUAGAAAAAACCAAAUUGAUAAACGACACAUCCCUCGCUACUAAGGAAAACAUUUUUAAAAAUGUUGAUAAGACGCCAGUGUGGACUCGGAAGGAGCUGAAAACCCACGAGAGGACCUUACCGGGUUAGGGACGUGAACUCUAAAAGUGUAGAUAAAAAAAACAGCUGUCAAAAAAACCAUGAAGUCUUACGUCAGCACGCUUCGUCAAGUAUUGGCGACGCUAACCAUAACGCUAUCGGUGUUUAUGGCGGGCACGUUUUUCGGUUGGCCGUCGCCCGUCACGCAGAUGAUGAAGCACUCGAUAAUUCCGCCCAUUAACAUGACUUCCAGUCAGGAAUCUUGGAUGGUGACGGCCAUAGAAAUCGGCAACCUGAUCUUUCCGCUGCCGGCCGGUUUCUUGAUGGACACGUUUGGCCGACGCUUGUGUCUGAUGGCCUCCGGGCCGCUGGCACUGGCCGGCUGGGCGCUGGUGGUGUUCACCAAAGACGUGCGUUGCCUGUACGUGGCGCGCAUACUGCACGGUUGCUCCAUGGCCAUUGCGUUCGUCAUCUCGCCCGUGUACGUGGGUGAAAUAGCCGGCAACAAGAUACGGGGCUCGCUCAGCGUCUUCUUCCAGGGUAUGAAUAUAAUGGGCCUGCUACUAGUGUACGCCGUUGGCUGGUGCUCGUCCUACAACACCCUGGCUCUAUCCAUGUCCGUGGUGCCGGUGUUGCUGACAGUAUCGUUGUUUUUCAUACCUGAAUCGCCCUACUACCUAGUGAUGGCCGGCGACAAAAAGGGCGCUGCCGAGUCGUUGAGCUGGUUGAGAGCCACCGACAUUGCUGGCGUUGAAGAGGAAGUGCGGGUGAUGAGCUCGUCCGAGUCCAACAUGUCAGGCAGUCCCAAAGACCUGUUGAAGCGGUCGGGCAAACCGCUGGCCAUCGUGUUGGUCGUAGGUACCAGCCUGAUAUUCAGCGGCAUCAGCGUGAUCGAAGCGUACGCGUCCACUGCGUUCGGCGACAGUUCCGAUUUCUCGAUAACGGCGGACGCGUGCGCCGUCAUGCUGGGCGUGGUGGCCAUGCUGGGCGUCGCGUUUUCUGCCACCGUGGUCGACCGGUUCGGACGGCGGCCGGUGCUGCUGCUGUCGUGCACGGGCCUGGCGCUCAGCAACCUGGUGUCCGCUUACGGCCUGUACCACGUCCACAUGGAGUGGCUAGUGCUGGUCGCGCUGGGCGCCACCAUGUUCUGCGGCAACGCCGGCCUGAUGCCACUGGCCACCACCAUCUUGUGUGAGUACUUCCCGACUACCGACCGGGCGCUGGCCAACGGCAUCACACAGUUCGUCGUCACUAUCGCGUCGCUGCUGUCGCUCAAGAUCUACCAGCCGGUCAGCGACAUGUACGGCAUGCACGCCAACUUCCUGUUGUUCGCCGCCGACGCCGCCUUCUCGGCCAUUGUCGUUUACAUGUUCGUGCCGGAAACCAAGGGCAAGAGUUUUGAAGAAAUCGAAAUGCUUUUCAAAAAGAAAAAACCCAAAGCGGUCAGAAACAGGGCGGGCAAAGUGUAAGUAGUCGCCGAGCACGAUACGCAACACUUUUCUCUACACCUGACGCGUUUAGGACAUAGGGGUGGACAUGAAGGGCAUUAGCACCCUCUCUCUAAUGUGGGCUUGAGGCUUAAAUAUUACAGGGACUGAAGCUCCCUCCUAAGUCUUAAGUCCGCCUUUGUUUGUAAGUCUUUUGGACCCUAUCCUACCGCCCCGUCAAGCAAGUGUGAAGUUUAAUUGUAAAUAAUUACCCAUGCGGUAUAUAGAACCCCAGCAGCAGCUAUCUUCUCGGUCUUCUCUGUGGAUUCUUGCAGAGCGUGCGAUAGGAGUUAAGUUUGCUCUGUUCGUUGGAAUUCGGCCAAGACGAAGUUGUGCUCACCUGGCAAUCCGAAUUUCUAAAGCCAAGUCCGACGUGUUGCUAGCCAAACGACUUGGCACGCUCCGAACUCCAUUCAGACUUUAAUCUAAAAAUAAGUAAAUAACUUUUAAAACUUAAUUCUUGUAUUUCACAUACGACUGCGAUUUAUUUAUUCUAUCGUGCCAUAAUAUGCAAAACUCUGAAAAAUGUCUCGCAUACACAUUUUUAUACUUCUGUAGACAUAUGCUGUUUAAAGCGAAAUCAAGUCAUUAUUAUUAUUUUUUUUUUUGUUAAUUUUAUAACUCCAAAAAAAAGACAUUAUUGUAAUAUUUUUAUAGAAUAACAUAUUAUUAUCAAUAGAUAAUAAAUAAAUUGUAAAUUCAACAACUAUCUACCGUAGACGUACGAUUUUAAUUAUUUUUGUUGUUUUUACAAAUGUAUGAUAUUAAUUUUUUGUAUACUAGUUGAUUGUUGUAUAAAAUGUAGGGGAUUUUAUAAUAUAAAUUGACAUUAGUUAGAUUUAAAAUAGUUGUAUAGAAUUUAUAAGUUUUUUAUGUACAGUGAAUAAUUCACUGUACAUAAAAAACAUAUAAAUAACCUAAACGGUAUAAUUAUUAUACCGUUUAGGUUAUUUUUAUUACUAAUUUAAUAACUAAACGGUCAAUUGUUAUUGAUGAAUAAACCGAACGAUCAAGAAGUACCACUUGAUAGUACUACCAA